CCCGCCCGGGCCCCGCCGAUUCUCUGGCCCGUCCGGGACAGACUGGCUGGCCGGCGGGCGCUGACGCCGCGGGGUUGGAGCGGGCCUCGCGGGAGCGCGCGGAGGGAGCAGCGGCGCCGUCGGUCCCCGUCGGGGCUCCCUGGGUCCCCGACCCGCCCCCAGCCCGGCCAUGGCAGGCGCCAGGCCCGGCGUCCACACGCUGCAGCUGGAGCCGCCCACUGUGGUAGAGACCCUACGGCGCGGGAGUAAGUUCAUCAAAUGGGACGAGGAGGCCUCCAGUCGGAACCUGGUGACCCUGCGUGUGGACUCCAAUGGCUUCUUUCUGUACUGGACGGGACCCAACAUGGAGGUAGAUACACUGGACAUCAGCUCCAUCAGGGACACGCGGACGGGCCGUCACGCCCGCCUGCCCAAGGACCCCAAGAUCCGGGAGGUGCUGGGCUUUGGGGGUCCUGACACUCGGCUGGAGGAGAAGCUGAUGACAGUGGUAGCUGGGCCAGACCCAGUGAACACAACAUUCUUAAACUUCAUGGCUGUGCAGGAUGACACAGCCCAGUCGCCGCCCCUGCCGCCAGGGGGAGCUGCCAAGAGGGGCGGGCGGUCCCGACGUGGGUGGGAGGGGGCGGUGCCGCUGUGGCUCCGCCCCCGCCCCGCCCCGCCCGGGCCCCGCCGAUUCUCUGGCCCGUCCGGGACAGACUGGCUGGCCGGCGGGCGCUGA